CAGUGGAGCAGAGGAGCCUGAUGGAUGCAGAGAUAAAAAGCAGAACGAGGACAAGGGAAGCGUAGAUUGCUACAAAUGCAGACUUCAGCAGCAGCAGCUUGUUUUUCACUAUAGCAAAGACCAGUAUCCAGAUUUUUUUAAGGCUUUUUUUUGCAUCUCUUACCUUCAGCCUGGCUGAAGUUAUCUUUGAAUUCCUUCAGUACAGAUUUCAUGUGAAGGCAUAGUGUUUGUUUCAAGUCACAGGAGCUUUUAUUUUUUUUUAUCAUGUUGAGGAAGAGCUCAGAGCGGCUGAAGGGAGACAGAGAGGUCCUCCUGGAUCUGGAUACUAGGGCUGAAGCACAAAGCACAGAGUGCUAUGGGAGCCUGCAGAAUGGGAGCUUUAUCCCCCCACGAUAUCUUUCAGCUGCAGCUGCUGAUGGAGAUAUGGAUGGCGAUGAUCCCAUUUAUAUGCAGUCUACUACAAGAAGUAAGCAACCAGUGCCACAGUUGGGGAAUUACUUCAGAGACGGGAGAACUAAGAUUGACUUCGUGCUGGUGUGGGAGAUUCGUUCACGGAGGAAGCGGCGAGGGAAAGGGACAAAUAUGGCUACCAGUGAGGAGAGGGAAGCCGUUCCCACUGAGGAGAGCAGCAGGUCCGAACGAAGGAAAGCACAACUGGCUCAGUGGAGAGAGAAGUUUGUUCAGAACCUGGAGAGUGUUGGCUUGGUCAUGGAAAAGGAGGAAACUGCAAAUGAAAAGAAGACCAUACACUUUCUCAAAAUUAGCGCCCCCUGGGAUGUGUUGGUGUGUUAUGCUGAGGAACUUUGCCUUAGAGCUCCACUGCAAGCACAGCAGCAUCUAGACCUCAACACAUCUGCUCGGGUACUGAGUAAACUAUGCAUACCUAACGUAAUGACGGAGUCUGUGCCUAACAGGCCUCUGGACUAUUACACAUGUGCCUUUCGUUUCUACACAGCCUGGCUGCUGCCGGCAGCAGUGGUCGGGACUCUGGUCUUUGUGUCUGGAGUGAUGUCCAUGGGUACCAACACACCAGCGGAGGAAAUCUGUAACAGUGGAGCUAGCUAUACCAUGUGUCCACUCUGCAAAACAUGUAAGGCCUGGAACAUGUCUGAGAUCUGCACCUUGACGAAGCUGGGAUACUUAUUUGACCAUCCAGGUACAGUGUUUUUCAGUGUGUUCAUGUCAUUCUGGGCUGUAACCUUUCUGGAGUACUGGAAGAGAAAAAUGGCCACUCUGGCACAUCACUGGGACUGUAUGGACUUCCAUGAAGAGGAGGAGCGUCCUCGGCCGGAGUUUGCAGCCAUGGCUCCUACUAUGGAGCAAAAUCCAGUGACUGGGGUCAAAGAGCCAUACUUUCCUGAAAAAACCAGGCUGUCUCGCAUGUUCACUGGCUCCAUGGUUAUCAUAAUGAUGUUGGGAUUUUGCAAAUCACUGCAUUUUAUUUAUCAUACAAACAUUCAUGCAUGUAAUUUCCUCCCCCAGGCAGGGACCAUAGCCAACAUCUCCAGCAGUAUUGUAAAUCUGGGGCUCAUACUGCUGAUGGGCCAGGUCUACACCGCAUUAGCUGAGCAGCUCACUAAAUGGGAGAUGCACAGAACACAAACCCAGUAUGACAACGCUUUCAUCUUCAAGGUGUUCAUCUUCCAGUUUGUCAACUUCUACUCGUCUCCCUUUUAUGUGGCUUUCUUUAAAGGAAGGUUUGUGGGUUACCCUACCAACUACGGGACCUUGUUCGGGAUGAGAAAUGAAGACUGUGGUGCCGGGGGUUGUCUCAUUGAAUUGGCUCAACAACUUUUCAUCAUAAUGGUGGGAAAACAGCUCAUCAACAACAUUCAGGAGUUCAUCCUACCUAAAGUGAAGGCCUGGCGCCAGAAGAGAGCUCUGGCAAAAGUGCUGGGUGGCAAGGCAUCCCAUGAGCCUCGGCGCUGGGAAGAGGAUUACCAGCUGGUUGAGUGUGAGGGCCUGUUCGAAGAGUACCUGGAGAUGGUGCUCCAGUUUGGGUUCAUUACUAUCUUUGUGGCGGCGUUCCCCCUCGCUCCGCUCUUCGCCCUCCUUAACAACUGGGUGGAGAUUCGUUUGGAUGCACACAAGUUUGUUUGCGAGUACCGCCGGCCGGUGGCUGAACGUGCACAAAACAUCGGAGUGUGGUUUAACAUACUGGAAGCUUUGUCACACCUGUCUGUCAUUGCCAAUGCUUUCCUAAUAGCGUUCACUUCAGAUUUUUUACCUCGCCUGCUGUAUCAGUACAAAUUUGAUAAUGAUCUCAACGGAUACGUCAACUUCACCCUGGCUUACGCCCCACUCAACUACACAGAGUACCCUAUGUGCAGAUACAAAGCAUUCAGAGACAACAAUGGAAACUACACACUGUUUUACUGGGAGCUCCUGGCAGUCAGACUUGGCUUUAUUAUUGCAUUUGAGCACGUGGUGUUCUUCGUGCUGCGAGCCAUUGACUGGAUUGUACCCGAUGUUCCCGAGUCUCUGGAGCUGAAGAUGAAGAGGGAGCGCUACUUGGCUAAGCAAGCUCUGGCUGAAAACCAGGAGGCCCUGUUGGUGAGUCGAGCCCGAGCGGCCACCGCUGCCACUCCAGGCACCUCCAGCCCAGGAAGUGACACGUCCCUUGGAAACAUGAGUUAAGAUUCCUCUGUGGAAAAGAAGCAGUGGGACUGAACGCUGGUGGAAUAUGAGACUUUCCUUUGUAUCUUGGAUAAGUGAAAUUUUCCCAAGAAAGUGGAAUACUGUCUUGGGAUUGGUUUUCAUAUCACUAAUACAUAUUCAUCUGCACAGAUACGUGAUAAGCAGGUGUGCUUUGGCCCGCCCACCUUCUUCAUAUGGACAUUUCUCCAACAUGUUUGGGAUUUUUUUUUUCAAUCUCAUGGUUAUUGCAACAUUAUCAGAGUCUGAUAUUUCUUUACUGGAGCAAAGGGCAUGAAUUUAUAAAGCAUAAAUCUAUGUAUUGCUAAAUAAUUAAGCAACGUAUGUAGGGAAAAUUAGUAUGUUGAUUGGCUUCCACUAGCUGCAGCAUGCACUGUUAAUGCUACCUGACUCCACGCAGGUGUGGGACUUACUUGCAGUACUGUGUGUGUAUCCCACGCAGCCUCAGAUUGACUUCAAAGUCUAACAACAUGAACUAUUUAAAUGAUGCCAAAUGUUGUAUUGACAGAGCAUAGUUUGAAAUGGCAUAAAUUGCAAUUUGCAGUGUUUUUCUUGGAGUUACUGUUGGGAUACCCAGAGGACCUGAAAUGUAAUGAAGUCGGAUUACACCUUGACUCUGCAAAAGCUCAUCAUGAAUAUUUUUUGGGGGGGCUUUAUAAAACUCCUCUGAAGGGACAGAAGGCUUCAAACAAAGGAGUGCACAGGAUCAGUAGUGCCACUCAUGGAAAGAAAACAGACUGUGUGAGCUCGGCAGACUGCCUCUUUAAUCUGUAUGGUUAUUAUCUUUAUGACGAAUGCUGACUUGAGGUCAAAGUUCACCUUUCUUGGACAAACUGUUGCAACAAGAUCAACAGAGUCAACAGUGCUUUGGGGGUUUUUGCCCCUCAUUUUCACAAAGCUGGCAUUGUUCACUGACUGUAUUAUCAUCACAUAGUUUAUGCUGCGUUUUCACUCAGCACCAAGCAUGAAAGUCUUUUCUACGUGAAUGUCCUGCACAGUAUGGCUGUACAGUACUGCUGUACUGUAAACAGGAGUGAAACAGCACCUGAGCAGAGGCCAUAUUUUACGUAUGAGCUGUUUUGUCAUUUUUGAUCAAAUAAAUCUAGUUUGACGAACGCAAACACCUCCUCGAUGUGGGAUUCACAGCCUCAGAGAUGCUGUACUUGCUGGAACUUUAAUCCUUCCACACCAUCUGUCUUCUCCACUUUCUUCUUCUCUUCAUUUUUCCCUCCUUCUUAAAACAUCACCUUCCCCCCA